CUCACCCGAGCCCGCGAGACAUGUGUUUCUGUUGAUAAAGAAAAGAGUUGAGAGAGAGAGUAAAGCCCGUCCGUGAGCAGCGACGCUUGCACAGCUAAGCGCUUAGUGGAUGUAUAAGAGUGCAGUCACGACGGCAGCCGCAAGUCAGUGAUCGAGCGCGGAACGAUGCAGUUGAAGCUCUUAUGGACUGCCACUUUAGUGGCGGUCAUCGCUUCAUGCCAUGCAGGUGAAAGAAAUGUUCGAGCAAUUGAUAAUGCUCCCAAAAUCGUUCCAGGAGUGUUUGACGGUUAUGAUUACCCUCCUCCGAGCAAGGCGUUUACUCUUCCACCUAAAACUCCAGUAAGACCUCAACCAGUUCCGCAGCAGACGUAUCAGCCACAGCCGCCUGCUCCUACAAGGGCUCCUCAACCAAGACCUACUCCACCCCCACAAAAUACAGUAGGAUCUUAUGAUUACCCUAAGCCCCAGAAAGUUGUGCCAGUGGUGCCUGUAGUCCCGCAAAGACCAGUGCAACCAGUAGCACCUCAACCACGGCCCACGGCUCCUCCAGCACCGAAGACGCCAGGAUACAGCUAUCCUCAACCAUCGCCACCAUUCGUACAGCCACCAAAAACGCCGGCUCCUCAACCUAGACCAACACCUCCGCCGUCGCCGCCUCAAACGACAAGAACGUUCUUGCCACCACCAACAAGGCCACCACCUCAACAGCCCGGAUACAGUUAUCCUCAGCCUUCGCCGCCAUUUGUGCAGCCACCAAGACCAACACCACCACCACAAACGCGACCACCACCACCACGCCCACAGACUACCCCGAGGCCACCUCCUCCGAUCCAAACUCGCCCACCACCUCCAACUACACCGAGGCCACGGCCUCCAACCUCAGGAUACUCAUAUCCUCAGCCUAGCAUUCCCUACAACCCGGCACCAACGCAGAAACCCUACGUACCACCCGUAACGCAGAGACCACAAACGCCGUAUGUACCUCCUCAGAGGCCACAAACUCCGUAUGUGCCACCAGUGACGCAGAGACCGCAGUAUGUACCUCCGCAAACGCAGAGGCCACAAACUCCGUAUGUGCCACCAGUAACACAGAGGCCACAAACUCCGUACGUGCCACCAGUAACGCAGAGGCCACAAACUCCUUAUGUACCUCCGCAAACGCAAAGGCCACAAACUCCGUACGUGCCACCAGUAACGCAGAGGCCACAAACUCCGUAUGUACCUCCGCAAACGCAAAGGCCACAAACUCCGUACGUGCCACCAGUAACGCAGAGGCCACAAACUCCGUAUGUACCUCCGCAAACGCAAAGGCCACAAACUCCGUAUGUACCACCUCAGAGGCCACAAACUCCGUAUGUACCACCUCAGAGGCCACAAACUCCGUAUGUACCACCUCAGAGGCCACAAACUCCGUAUGUACCACCUCAGAGGCCACAAACUCCGUAUGUGCCACCAGUAACACAGAGACCGGUUACUCGUCCACCACCUCCGGUCACCCCCAAACCACAGUCGCCAUUCCAAGGAUACACAUAUCCUAAACCGGACACUCCAUUCACACUACCUCCAGCAACAAGAACACCACCACCACCACCAACUCGCCCGCCAACCCGUCCUCCUCCAACGAGACCACCACCCCCGCCGACGGCGCCAUCAACUUACUUGCCUCCUGCGCCUCCGACCAGGCCGCCUCAACCUCCAGUAACCCGGCCACCACCCCCACCACCAACCAGGCCACCACCUCCGCCACCAACAAGGCCACCAGUGACUCAAACUCCUUACACGAGACCACCACCUCCUCCAACUCGCCCACCAACUCGUCCGCCACCACCACCAACUCAACCCUCAACUUAUCUUCCCCCGGCUCCACCAACCAGGCCGCCACAGCCACCAGUAACCAGGCCACCACCGCCACCACCAACCAGGCCCCCACCCCCGCCACCUACCAGGCCACCAGUAACUCAGACUCCUUACACGAGACCACCACCACCUCCAACUCGCCCACCAACUCGUCCUCCACCUCAACCCUCUACUUAUCUUCCUCCGGCGCCACCGACCAGGCCGCCACAACCACCAGUAACCAGGCCACCACCGCCACCACCAACCAGACCUCCACCUCCACCACCAACUCGUCCACCAGUGACUCAAACUCCUUACACUAGACCACCACCACCACCAACUCGACCCUCAACUUAUCUUCCUCCGGCACCACCAACCAGGCCACCAAAACCGCCAGUAACCAGGCCACCACCACCACCACCAACCAGGCCCCCACCCCCACCACCAACUAGGCCACCAGUAACUCAGACUCCUUACACGAGACCACCACCACCUCCAACACGCCCACCAACGCGUCCUCCGCCUCAACCCUCAACUUAUCUUCCUCCGGCGCCACCAACCAGACCACCACCACCACCGACCAGACCACCACCUCCACCACCAACCAGGCCACCAGUAACCCAAACUCCUUACACUAGACCACCACCACCUCCAACUCGCCCACCAACUCGUCCUCCUCCUCAACCUUCGACGUAUCUUCCUCCGGCGCCACCAACAAGGCCGCCACAACCACCAGUCACUCGGCCACCACCACCACCACCAACCAGACCACCUCCUCCACCUCCAACUCGCCCACCAGUGACUCAAACUCCUUACACGAGACCACCACCACCUCCAACUCGUCCACCAGUGACUCAAACUCCUUACACGAGACCACCACCACCUCCAACUCGCCCACCAACUCGUCCACCACCUCAACCCUCAACUUAUCUUCCCCCGGCACCACCAACCAGGCCACCGCAGCCACCAGUAACCAGACCACCACCACCACCACCGACCAGGCCACCACCACCUCCUCCAACAAGGCCACCCCCUCCUCCACCAACUCGUCCGCCAGUGACUCAAAAACCGUACACUAGACCACCACCACCACCACCAACUUUCCCCCCGGUAGCUCCCUCAACUCCGAGACCGCCGCCAUAUCUUCCACCUUCUUCCCCAAGGCCUACUUAUGUAACUGUAACGGCUCCUCCUCCGCCAUCUCCGGUUUACAGCAUCACUCCUAGCACAACUACAUACAGGCCACCAACCGGUAAACCAGCUCCUUAUCCAACUCUGCCACCAAGCACCGCUAAACCUUACCAGGGAUACAACUACCCCAUUCCGGAAAUAUCCUUUGAUUUCCGCAGGCGCUAAUCAAUUAAAACCUUGAUGUACUCGCGCCAUCUCUGUUAACUCUUAAUACACUUUAUAAGUGAAUCGAUUGCCUGGUGAUCGAGAUUUUCUCAUUUGUAAAAAAUUGUACCAAUGUAAUUUAUGUAAAAAAUUGUAAUGAAAAGAAUACGAUGUCGAUGCACUCCAGUCAACGUUCUAAACGAGAGUAGAAUAUUUCGUUGAUAGUAAAUGAUCCAAGUACUCGUUUUUUCUUCGAGUGUUGUGAUGUUGAAAUAUAGUCGACUCGAUUACAAAGAUAAGUUGUAAACAUGUUUGAAGCCUAUAAAAGGUUUACGAAAAUAAAAAAAAAAUAUUUUUUACUAAGAA